AUGGCUGUUUCAUCAACAAAUGGCAAAACUUUGGAUUCUUCAAGUGACGAGAACGAAGCUACAGAGAAAGAAAUAUCAAAUAACAAUUAUUUAACUUUUCGGAAUGGGCUAUUUUUUCUAAAAAUGUAUUUCAUUUUUGUGGCCAUCCUUCAAGGGAUAGGAGUCUUAGGAUUACCGAAUUCAUUACAUAGAAGUGGAAUUCAACCAAUGAUCGUGACAACUGCAUUCUCAUUCAUCUUAGAGGUAAUGGUCAGCUAUACCUAUUUAAUAAUCACUCAAAAAGCUAUUGCUAUCAAAUAUUUUCAUAAAGAAAGCCAAAAUAUUCUAGAUGAUGAGUCAGAAUCUGAAGAAAUCGUACUGGAUGAUAAACAGAGAGAAAAAAUCGAUAAAAACAAAAAUGUCAACUCCCAUCUCCUUUCCGCCUUAUUUCUACCUAAAUAUCUACGGAUUACUUUUGACUUAAUUAUGUUUCUGGAAUUGUAA